ACUUGGGCAUUGAGUUUAUGGAGAGCAAGGAGGUGUACAAGAGACAAGUGCUGUCAAUCACCUGCAUCACCAUGGGGAUCAGUGUUCUGGGCAUUCUCUGUAUGGCUCUCUACUGUCGGAACAAGAGACGCAGAGAAAAACUCCAGGCCCACUUGAAAGAGAGUCGCAGCCUCAAAAACUACAGCGGCAACGCCUCUGCUUUGCAGUCCAAAUCGAGCCAGAGGCCUGACACGGGCCUGCAGCUSCAGAAUUAUUGUAAGAGGUCCUCCCAGCCACAUGAGGGAGCUGUUUGCAAGUCCAGCUUUUCCCAGUGCAACGCCACUCCUACCAACGACUCCAGAGGUCCAGGCACAGGAAAACAUUACAGAAGCAGCUCCCUGUCUCAUAGUCCAGACCAGAUAAGUAAAGCCACCCAUUGGUCAGUACCUCGUAAAACACCGCCCAUACCCAGAGGAAGACGAAAUCCAAUUGGAGGAUCCAAACAUUCUGGCACCGCCUACCAACACCUCCAUGAAUUGGAGUCGUCUGAGAGGGAGGUUGAAUUGUUGAAAGGGUACCAGAUUGUGAGGGCUGGGAGCGACCCGCGACAGGAUGCCUUUCUAAAUAUGCAACCCCCCAUGUUGAUUGAGCGGUCAUGGGAGAGCAGGGUGGAGGUGCGCUGCAGUCUUCUGGACCAGGGCCAGGACCAUGAUAUCUCCACUUCUACCAGGAACCUCAGGUGCCCCAGACAUCCCAGCCUCUCAUCACCUCCUCCAUUUCAGACCUGCUCCAUCCCCAUCAUCCCCUCGGUCCAGGGCAACCAGGAGGAGGUCUCCUGUUUGCAAACGGCCACCACAGGCUCAGCCACCUGCAGCGCCACGCCCGGUAUAGAAGUAGGAGGAGGAUGCUCCCUCAUCACGCUGCACCACACCUCCACCUCCUGCUCCUCCUCUACUGGGGGCCAGCAGCAGGAUGAGAUGGCCCUUAUCCUGGAGGAGGCCCAGGAGCAUCUCAGGGCUCUGACUCUGGCCAACAGGAAGCAGGAAGAAAGCUGCGGCUUUUCCCCUUCACCGCCCAGAGAGACUGUGUGCUUCCUGACACUCAAUGGCGGAGGAGUGAGGGGUUUGAGCCCUAAUGGACCUAUUGAGACCCAGUUACUGAGCCCUAGAGAACCCCACACAGACUCAACUCAGCCCUGCCAAUGAGACUGUAUAAGCCCUAACGUCCUGUCUGGAUCUACAGUAAAACCACCCUGGUGUCUUGAAAUCCAGACUGCAGAGACUUCUUUAUCAGAGGGAUGAGAUGAAACUCAAUAGAGAAAAAAUAUAAUGAAAAAAAACAAUGUGCAUACUGUAUGGAAGAAUGAACAGAGGUAUGGUCUAUGAAGUUAUGAAGAUAGCAAUUAUGUAUAUGCAUUUAUUUAAUGCUUCUUCUUAGACAAAAUAAACCAAAUAGUCUGUCAUCUCCAUGGUGUUUUUAAUUGUAAAAAAUAUAUAUACAGUUGAAGUCAGAAGUUUACAUAUA